AUCAGUUACCUGAAGACUAUUCAACUAACUAGACUUCGACGUUAUAUUAGUAUUGCUAAAAAUAUUCUUAUUAUUUAAUCACAAAUUUAAUAACUGAUUACUGAUCAAUAUUACAAUAUGUCUUUUAAAACGUGUCUUUUCUUGGUCAUCUUCUCUCUGGUAGUAAUGAUGAUUGCUACAGAUUCAAGAAUGUGUUUACGAAAUGGUCAAAAGUGUUAUUCACAUGAUAGCUGUUGCUCGAAAAUGUGUCAACCAAUGAGACACUUUUGCAUACCAGGCCAAGCUCUUGCUGCUCCUCCAGGAUUCAGAGCACCCAUGCGUCCAAUUCCACCACAAGAACCGGGUCAAUCAAAUUGUGCUGGAUAUGGAUCUUCAUGCCAUUCCACCAAUUGCUGUGCACCUUACCGUUGUGGAAACUUUGGUCUAAAAUGUGUGUAUUAAAUUGUCCACAAAUGAAUUUUGAAUUUGAAUGUCACUCGUUUUUUAUUCAUUGAUGCAAUUAUGAUGUAAAGGGCUGUUAUUUUAUUCAUCUUUUCUUUAUAU